GCAUACACUCGUCAUACUUUAAAAGAAAACCCUCUCCCAGCUGACCAAGAAACAUGCACAGUAGCGCCAAACGUCUACCGCUGUUGUGGCUUGUCAGAUGUUGAAGAUCUAGACUUUCCCCUCGCACUCGUCUUGUUCUCUACUCUGUACGACUUCUGCGAGCCUUUACUUUCGCUAAUUGACCUUCCGCGGAGCUUUGUCUUUGCAUCCAGGCAACAGCCACGAUGUCUUUCAUCGUCGAACACGCGAAACAGGCCGUCACCGACAAACAAACCAAUGUCGUCAUUUUCUCGGCCACGGCCAUUGCCCUCUACGGGUAUGACCAGGGUAUGAUGUCCCUCAUCAACACCAAUUAUAACUAUCUCUCUACCAUGGGCCUCGAGGAGGAGUCACCAGUCGUGGGUGUCAUUGUUGCGGUUUACUACCUCGGCUGCGCUGUCGGCGCUGUGCUCUUUUCCAUGCUCGCUGAUAAGCUGGGAAGGAAGAAGAGUAUCUUCGCCAGUUUGGCAACAGCUAGUUUGGGAAAUCUGAUCAUGUUCGUGGCUGGAAUGGGCAUGUUGGGAAAGAGCACGGAUAUUGCAUUGGGAGUUAUGCUUGCUGGACGUGUGGUGAUGGGACUGGGUGUUGGAGGCAUCGACGCAGUCAUUCCCACCUACUCCUCCGAGUUGAGCGCCGACGACUCUCGUGGCAAAGCGCUGGCCCAGGAAUUCCAGUCCAACAUCUUCGGUCUCGUAAUGGCGUUUGGCAUUAACUUGCUCGUCACCAUUCUUCUUGGAAAGCAGAACCAAUGGGCGUGGCGUGUUCCCAUUAUUGUCAUGCAGGUCUACCCCGUUCUGCUGAUGGCGUUUGUUGAACGCCUUCCGGAGUCACCGCGUUGGUUCAUCUUCCAUGACCGCCAGGAGGAUGCAAAGAAAGCGUUGGACGACAUCUAUGGAGAUGAGGGCAAGGAGAAGCUUGAUGAGCUGCUCGAACAGCAUGAGAAGGAGAAGGAUGUCAAGGUUGGAUACAUGGAUAUGCUCACCCCCGGUCACGAGCAGUUCCAUCCCACCAUGGUUACGGUAAUGUGCCAGGUCAACCAGGCGCUUACGGGUUACGGUGCAGUUAGUGUGUACGGGCCGCAGAUUUUCGAGCUCCUAGGCUUCUCAGUCCGCAACUCUGAAUACCUCACCCUUGGCAACUACGUGUCCUACUUCUUCCUCAUGACGCUCGCUUGGCUCUUGAUCGAUGCUAUGGGCCGACGCAAGAUCAUGAUUCAUAGUUCUGUAAUCCUCGCCACCUCGUUCGCACUUCUCGGCGUUUUCGGUGGACUAGCAGCAAACUCUGAGCCCAUGAACAUUCCCAUUAUCAUCCCCGGAAUCAUUGGAACGGUCAUUCUUUUCGUGGCCACCGGCGCUUUCGGCAUCGGCUGGCUUUCAACCGUCUGGCUAUUCCCCACAGAAGUUUUCCCUACCACCGCACGCGCUCAAGGUACCGCCAUCUCAGUCAUCAUUUGGGGCCUCGCCAACUUCGCCAUCACCUUCCUUACGCCUGUUCUGUUCAACAACCUCGACUACUGGAUUUUCGUCGUCUUCGCUGCAACCAAUGCUUUCGCUGGGCUAUGGACGUACUUCUACCUCCCAGAAACUGGCGGCAGGACUUUUGAUGAGAACAUGGACUUCUUCAAAGAGGCGGGCGAGCAGGGAACAUGGAGGGUCGGCAAAGUGGGCAAGGGCGAGUGGAAGAAGAUGUACUAUCCCGAUGCUGAGGGAGGAGAUGCCGUAGAGGCGGAACGCGUACCGCUGUUGCAGAGGGUGGAAGACCAAGUUCCUAGCGUAGAACAGUCUAGAGAGCCAAGCCAACAGCGGGGACAGUAGAGAAUGGAAGCCCAUCCUUCUAUGACGCGGGGGUUCCUCGAAACCUCCGCGGGAUAGUAAAAGCGGAGCAAAAGUUAUUACAUCAACUAGCAUUAGAAUGAACAUCCAUUUCUUCAAGACUUCCAAAAAAUAUCAAUACGUUGAUCUCCAUGAUGUUCCUGGUUCAUGCUCGACGUUCUGCCCCACAAACUAAUAUACACGAUAUAGCCAUCCCGG